UAUAUUUUCAUCUCUAAAAUAUUUCUAAUUUCAGAUUAAACAGAGUAUGAAAGAAGUAGACAUACUUGCCUUCAUCAAUGUUGCCUAUCCAAUUUUUGCAAUCAGUGUUCUCUUCUCACAAGCUUUGUUACUUCUGCUCAUAUUCAAAAAUCAAACAAAACUUUUACGAACAAUGCGAAUUUAUCUUUUAAAUAUAUGUGCCGCCCAAGUUGUAACUAUAAUUUCGGGAUUUCUAACGCAAUGUCGAAUGAUUCCAAAUCAAACAACAGUGGCAUUUGUAUGUACAGGUGUAUGCAUCAGAGUUGGAAGACGUUCGUGUUUUCUACUGCAUUUAUUAAGAGAUGCAUCUUCAAUGGUUGCACUUUUUGCAAUUGUUCAUGUAUUCUACUAUCGGUAUAAAAUCUUAUCCCAUCAAAAACUUUCAUCAGUCCAAAUAAUGAGAAACUUCAUAAUUGUGCAUCUACCUGCUAUAUUCUGUGCAAUCUGUCAAUUUAUAAAUCCAUCUCAGCACAAUGCAAUUGUUUUGGAAACUCGUGCUCUGCAUCCGUCGUAUAUUUUUGAGCAAAACUCAAUUUUUGGGUUUUCAGCGUUGACGUCUCCUGCAGUCAAAGCAUCUACUAUUAUUUUCACAAUUGUUUUAGUAUUAAACCCACUAGCUGCAAUUAUCUAUCGCAACAAGAUAUGGGGACUUUUAAAUGAAUACGAAGAAUACAAAUCUCCACGAAUCAAACAUGCGAAGAGUAUGAUCACGGGAUUGACAAUUCAAACUUUAAUUCCAAGUAUUUGUUUUGUACCAUUGGUCGUACAAUUCUUUCUCACACAAUAUUCGGAAGCUGGUGUGUUAAUACUCGAGUACUUCAAUUCAUUUCUGGUAAUUCUCCCAACUUUGAUAGAUCCAAUUCUAUCAAUUGUAUUUGUAAUACCUUUCAGGCGAAUGUUCUUCAAAUAUCUUCUCGCAGUUCGCCAAUGCAGGUUCAGCUUAUCAAAAUUAUCAGACAAUGACAUAAUGUCUAAAGGAAAUGGGUAUUCUGCAGUUCGGGCGGUAUCAAGAAAAACGUGAUAAAAUAUUUAUUUAAAUCAUUAAUCUUUUUUGUAUUUUGAUUCAAUAUGACCAAAACAACUGUAAUAAUAAAAUCCUCCAAAGAGUUUGA